AACAUUGCGAACCCGCAGUAGCGCUUCCAGAGAGGCGAGGCAUGUCAACGUGACCAAAGGCCGAGUCUCGUCCACAGUCUGCAACAUCGGAAUUAUUCAUCAAUAUUAACCAAGCACGGUGAAGAAUAACCCCCGUUCUCAAGACAGAGGAAAAGAACCACUCUGACAUCGACCUCUAACAACGGAAACCGUUAGCUUUAGCAGCUAAGCUAGCUCAGUUAGCCGUUACGUACCCUCGUUUUUUUUUUCUCACGCAGCUGACCUCCACCAGAACACAGGCGGACAGAGUAUCAACUGCCUGCUACUUUGGGGUCGUGUACCUCCUGUGUCUUUCCUCCUUGUCCCCGUGUGGUGCCCCGUGGAAGGUUCCCGAAUAUGAUACAUAAUGAGUCAAAGAGACACCUUGGUUCAUCUGUUUGCUGGAGGAUGUGGGGGCACGGUGGGAGCCAUAGUGACUUGCCCUCUGGAGGUAGUGAAGACCCGUCUGCAGUCGUCCACCAUCAACUUCUAUGUGUCUGAGGUUCAGCUCAGUACCGUCAACGGGGCCAGUGUGGCCCGCAUGUCACCGCCGGGCCCCCUGCACUGCCUCAAGUUGAUAUUGAAGAAAGAAGGUUAUCGUUCUCUCCUCAGGGGCCUGGGGCCAAACCUGGUGGGUGUGGCACCAUCUAGAGCGAUCUACUUUGCUGCUUACUCAACGGCCAAAGAGAAACUGAACGGUGUGUUUGAACCCGACUCCACACAGGUACACAUGGUGUCGGCUGGAAUGGCAGGUUUUACAGCCAUCACAGCCACAAACCCCAUAUGGCUCAUAAAGACUCGUCUGCAGCUGGAUGCGAGGAGUCGGGGAGAGCGGAGUAUGAGUGCGCUGGAGUGCAUGCGCCGGGUCUAUCGGACGAACGGCCUGCGGGGCUUCUACAGGGGAAUGUCGGCAUCCUACGCCGGCAUCUCAGAGACUGUGAUCCACUUUGUGAUCUAUGAGAACAUCAAACGGCGCCUCAUGGAGGCCAAGGCCCCGCAGAACAUGGAUGAGGAGGAGGACACGUCCAAGGACGCUUCAGACUUUAUUGGCAUGAUGCUCGCUGCUGCCACCUCCAAAACCUGCGCCACGACUUUAGCUUAUCCUCAUGAAGUGAUCCGCACCAGGCUACGAGAGGAGGGCACCAAGUAUAACUCCUUCUUCCAGACUUUAAGGACAGUGCCCAAAGAGGAGGGCUACCGGGCCCUGUACCGCGGCCUCACCACCCACCUGGUACGACAGAUCCCCAACACCGCCAUCGUGAUCUCCACGUACGAGCUGGUGGUCUACCUCCUGAACGGUUAAAGCCUCCCCCCCUCCCAUACCUCAUACACAUUAUGUAACCCUACCCCCGAUCGGAGACGGAGCCUGCUGUGCCAGAAGAGGACAACCUUUUACCCACUGACACGAGGCGGGUGCUAAAAAUAAGUUCAUAACCAAAAGGUCUGGCACAGGGGGGAGGGUCCCGACGUUCCUCACAUUGGUUCGGGGUGUAGCUAAAGAAACGGCUGUCGAAUGGUUUUAUUUUCCAUUAUGUUCUCUCUUCAGUUGUGUUUCUGGAAGACGGUAUACUCUGCCUCUAACAAUACUAACAAUAUAAAAUGAAGUAAUUCCAAUCCUUACUACCUAGCGGAUUUAACCCCACCGCCUACCCCCCCUCUAGCAAGCAAUUCAGUUUUUAAAAAUAUUAGUAUUGUGCAGUGUUCCCCUGCUUUCCUCAGAGAAUAGAAAAUGGCAGACUGAGCUGAAGGCGACUCUCACGUUAGCGAGGGAGGGAUCUGUUGAUAAAAAGAGCGGGAAAUGUGGAGAUACAGAGGCGCGCGGCGGGAGACGUGCCUUGUGUGAAGAUGUGACGGAGACCGGGGGGCUGCAGGAGGAGGCUCUGGCUGACCUGAGGCUGUAGAGAUGUAGAGUGGUUCUACAGGAGUCCAAAAUGACGUCGCCAAUUAAUCAUGUUUGUGUUAGCCAGGUGUAGAAGAAGAGUCAUGUGAAAUGGAGGGUAAAAAGUCCCCAAACUGAACUACUGAAAUAAAUUAGACUUGAGGAUCAGCUUCAUUAAAGCCAAGGAAGUAAAACACUGAAUAAAAAAAGUAUAAACAAGAUGUAACAAAAUGUAAGGUUGAUAUAAAAUGCCGAAUGCUAAGGAGAGGUGUUCCUGUUGUAACCUUUCCUCAAACAAUGCGGUGUUGUUCCUUAUAGCACUUUGAACGCCUUUCUCUACAAUCCUCAUCUCAUUUUCCCCCGGCUAGUUUUACAGGCGAGGGACAAUCCUCUUACUCUGGGUACUGGAAGAUGCUUCAUAAGUGCACGUUAAUGAACCACAGACCAGCGUAUAGAAAAAGAAAGAAGAAGAGCAACGGUUGAUUCAUUUCCCCCCUUUAUUCCAUUGUUGUUUAAGAAACUGCAUUACUACCAGUUUAAAAUUCAGUGUUGUGUGGUUUGUCAUGACAUGGGGAGAUACUUGUUGUCUUGUUUUGUUAUUUUUUUAUUUCCACACCUUACAACAGAAGACAACAGUCACCACAUCUAUCCUAGUCCACAUAUACCGAUCCUACGUGAUCACACGCCACGAGAAGCUCGUCUGCAUAAGCAUGGCUUAGCACACAAUGCUAACCCUUUCAACAGCUGCAGUGCUCUAUCCAAACACUUCCCUGCUCUAUAGGUCAGUCAGAGUGGCUCCUGUGCAAUGGAAGGAGGGGGGGGUGGGGGCUGCCAUUGUGCUUCAGAUUACAGAAAAAACUGCUUCAGUGUGUGUGUGUGUCCGAAACACCCCCCGAUGCUUCUCUCCACUGGAACUAUAGACCCUUAAUGUGAAGGCAUUUCAGUUUUACGGCACGCUGAAGGAUGCGUUAGAUUAGCAAAUCUUAUCAGAGGUGUUUACCGUCAACACACACUACAAGUAAAAGCAGGACGCAUCGACAGGCAAUUUGACUCCUCAGGUAAAUGGGAUGGUGGUCCUUUACCUGAACGGUUAACUGCAUCUCUUGCAUAAGUGUGUGUGUCUCUGAUUCAUCGUAACCUGUAUCUCAUGGUUUAUUUUGCACCCACCUGUUUGCAUUGUGUGCCAGUAAGUGUGUGUGUGUGUUUCAUGUGUGCUUGCUCAAAUGACAAUCGUGUGUCAUUCUGUCGUGACUUGUGUGUGUCAAUGACACCGUGGGAGUGUGUAUGCGUUCAGAAGAAGAGCAGCAAACAGUGUUGUUUUUAUCUUUUUAAAAUAAAUGGUUGCCUUUUCCUUCCCGACA